AUGAAAGCCAAAGGGAUAGCUUGGGUACCUUUGGUACUUGGUACUGUGCUAAGCACAAGUUUAGGAGGUCCUUCACAUGACGAUUUUGAUACAUCCCCACAGCAUGGAAAGUGCGAACAAAUUAAAAUUCCAUUUUGCAUGGGACUUCAAUACAAUGAAACUAUCAUGCCAAAUCUUUUGGGUCAUACUAAACAAGAAGAUGCCGGAUUGGAUGUUCAUCAGUACUUUCCUUUACUAAAAGUUAAAUGUAGUCCAACCGUGCAGUUAUUCUUAUGCUCUUUAUAUUUUCCCGUGUGUACGAUUUUACCUAACCCUCUUCCGCCGUGCAGAUCAUUAUGCAUAUCUGCUAGGAAAGGAUGCGAAGAUCUCAUGAAUCAAUUCGGAUUUUUCUGGCCUGAUAAAUUCGAAUGUGAUAAUUUUCCUGAAGUAAACCAAAGUCAAUCGAAAAACCCAGUACUUUGUUUCGGAGAAAAUCGUACGAGUUCCACAACUUCAACGCCUAAUCCAACCCAUCAGUAUCCUGUAGGAUUCCCUAGAAACGAUUUUGGGAAUCGUAGACAGGGAGACACACAUUUAUCAAGAAUAUAUCCAUCACUUCCGGAUGGGGCAAGAGAUUUUGGAUUUGUUUGUCCUACCCAAUUUAAAGUGCCUAAAGGUCAGGAAUAUUCUUUUAGAGUGGGUGACAAAAUCGAAAAAGACUGCGGUGCUCCGUGUGACGUGUUAACAUUUAUGAUUGAUACCAAAAGAUUCAAAUAUCCUGAAAGGCCUAUUAUAUUUUUAUCUGUAUGCUAUCUAAUGGUGUCUAUAGUGUAUGUGAUUGGUUUUUUUGCUGGUGAUACAGUGGCUUGCAGAGAACCUUUUCCACCGCCUAUCGAAUUUCCAACUUUAAAAAUGGUUUCGACUAUCACUCAGGGAACAAAACAUGAAUUUUGUACUAUACUUUUUAUGGUGCUUUAUUUCUUCAGUAUGGCUUCAUCGAUAUGGUGGGUUGUUCUCACACUUACAUGGUUCCUUGCUGCUGGUCUGAAAUGGGGACAUGAAGCCAUCGAAGCAAAUUCUCAUUAUUUUCACUUGGCUGCUUGGGCUGUGCCUGCAAUCAAAACGAUAACCAUUUUGGCAAUGGGAAAUGUAGAAGUUAAUCAAUCUUAA